CACUCUAUAGUGAGUGACGUAAUGGCGCUUAUAGGUGAUCUAGGGCACUAGGUUUGUCAGAGGACGAUAUUUGGGAUUGAGCCGGUUAUUUUUGACACCACCCAUGUGUGGUCAGUUCAGUAGCUAGCAAGGGAGAUGUUUGAAUUGUCAACUUUACAGUGGAUUUUUUGGUGAUUUGGAGGAAGACUAGCACUCAUGGUUUGUUAGGUUUUGACACAAAAUGGCGUCCAAAGUACUCUACUCGCUCAGAGAUCCAGUCCCCAAGAAAAGGGAUGAUUUCGAGGACAUCCUUGAGGAGAGAAGGAACUCCAGUGAUCUGAGAUACGCUCUGAAGUGCUACACGCCCGCGGUGUAUAGAAACCUGCUGCCCUGUAAAGCCAGCAUGCUCAAAACCCUCGUCCUGCAGUCCGAGUCCCUGCGAUACGUCAUCAACCAGGUGUCGGCGGAGAGCGGCGAGGCUCCGGAGGUCGUACAGGAGGAGGCGUCUCAGGUGCUGGAGGAAAUGGCUCACCGCUUGCAGCUCAGCACCGUCCGCUUCUUCGCCUUCACGCUCAGCAAAGCCUUCAAAGCGCUGUACCGCAGCGUGCGGGUCAACGAGGAGGGCAUCCAGAGACUUCAGCAGGCCAUUCAGGAGCAUCCGGUGGUGCUUCUGCCCAGUCACCGCAGCUACAUGGACUUCCUGAUGAUGUCCUACGUGCUGUUCACCUACGACCUGGCUCUGCCCGUCAUCGCUGCAGGAAUGGAUUUUAUGAGCAUGAAGUUUAUUGGAGAGAUGUUGCGCAUGUCAGGAGCGUUUUUUAUCCGUCGUUCGUUUGGAGGAGAUAAACUCUACUGGGCUGUUUUCUCCGAAUAUGUCAAGACCAUGCUGAGGAACGGUUACGCACCAGUCGAGUUCUUCCUCGAAGGUACCAGGAGCCGAACGGCAAAAUCACUCACACCAAAGACAGGUCUGCUGAAUAUAGUCAUGGAGCCGUUUUUUAAAGGCGAAGUCUUCGAUGUGAACUUGGUUCCAGUGAGUAUAAGCUAUGAGAGGAUUCUAGAAGAGUCUCUGUAUGCACGUGAGCUGCUCGGAGUGCCCAAACCCAAAGAGUCCACAUCUGGUCUGUUGAAGGCCAGGCGGAUCCUCAGUGAGGAUUUUGGUACAAUGCAUGUAUACUUUGGAACUCCGGUGUCUCUGCGUAGCCUAGCACAAGGCCACAUCAGCCGCUCCCAGUACAACCUAGUGCCCAGACACAUUCCCCAGAAGCCGGCGGUGGACACUCAGGCGUUUGUAAAUGACGUAGCGUUUCACCUGGUGCGGCUGCAGGAGGAGAACAUGGUACUGAAGCCGUGGGCGCUGAUCGCCACUCUGCUCCUGCAGAACCCCGAUGGCAUGGAGCUGUCCGCUCUCACCCAGCAGGCAGACUGGCUCCGGCGCCUGGCUCUCAGCUUCGGGGCCUUCCUGGACUGGCCGGAUGGUGAGCCGUGCAGUAAGGUAAUCAGCUCCAGUCUGACCAUACACAGAAACUUGGCGUGUGUGUCCGGGGGGCGUGUGCGACUGGUUGUUCCUGAGGCGUCGGGGGCGGAGCUGAGUGCCGAAGAGGCGGAGUUUAACCGAGCGGUCAGUGUGCUGUCUUGCGCGUCCUACAGGAAUCAGACGCUGCACGUGUUCGUGAGGCCGGCUCUCCUGGCUGUGGCCAUGCACACCGCAAACUCCGACAGGAGAGAAGAGGUCUACAAUUGCUUUAACGUCCUCCGGAACAUUUUCUCCAAUGAGUUCAUUCUGUGUCCUGGAGCCUCAGUGCAGGACUUUGAGGAGGCAUGUUACUUGCUGGUGAAGUGCGGCGCAGUUCAGGAGUUGCAGCAGGAGGUUGUGAUGUCAUCGAGUGGACAGAUGACACUGUCCUUCCUGUGUUCGCUGAUGGAGCCGUUUCUGCAGGGGUACCAGGUGGUGUGUCGGUAUCUGCGUGAGGACACGCAGGAGGAUCUUCCAGAGAAGAACUUUGUUCCUGGCGUGAGGAACUUUGCUCUCCAGCUCAUCCUAGCAGGAAGUCUGAGAUGUCCCGAAGCCUUAUCUUCUGAUUUGCAGAAAAACGCUCUGGCUGCACUGAUACGCCUGAAAGCUGUCAGGAAGCUCAAAACCGGCGAUCAGGUGAUGCUGAAGAUCAACAAGAUGGCCGUGAACUCAUUGGAGGACACACUGGGGGGUAAAAUUCCCACCCAGAAGCCUGUCCUUGCUCGGCUGUAAGCUCACACACACACACACACACACACAUGUACACACACUCCUCUCGAUGUGUGCCUCAACUGCCUUCAUUAGCAUAAUUUUUUGCGUCACGGACUACAAGGACUGUUUGUCAUCGAGCUUUAAGGAGCCAUAACCAUCUGGGACACACUCUCUCCACACACACACACACACACACACACACACACACACACACACACACACACAGUCUCAGACUUAAUAUCCUGCUGUGUGAUCAAUGCUUUAGUUUUUAACUGCUCUGAACUUUAAUCACCAGCUGUUACUCUUUCUUUGUCUCUCCAGAUUUACUCGUUUAUGCUUGCUGUCUCUUUUUUUUUUUUUUUUUAAUUUUUUUUAAAAAAAAGUUUGCAAACUUUAUUUAUGAAAUGUUUUUUUUUUCUCAAAUAGAUAUCAUCCAGUGUUUUUUUUUUUUUUUUUUUUUUGCUUGAAUGGCAUCAGGUGCUUGCGUUUUUGUUUGAUGAGAAUAUGCAAACAACCUAAGAGACAGUGUUGUGUUUUUUAAUUAUUUAUCCAAAAAAGAUAUAUUUGCUUGUCAUUAAGAUAGAUUAUAUCUGAAGGAAGAUGUUUGGUUUAAUGUGCUUGAUGUACUGUGGAUUAUAUUUUCUAAUUUUAUGAGAGUAAGGAGAGAUAUCUGGUGAACAUUUUGAUUUUGUCAGGGGAUAUCUGGGUACAUUUUAAUGUUGGUCGAAGAUAUUUUAUACGAAAUUUGGAUUUGGUCCACGAUAUCCAGUUAAAGCUUGGAUUUAGUUUGGGAUAUCUGGCUAAAGAUUUGGUCUGGGAUAUUUGGUAAAAAAAUUGGAUUUGGUCAGGGAUAUCAUGCGAAAGUUGGAUUUGGUCUGGGAUACCAUGCUAAAGUUGGAUUUGGUCUGGGAUACCAUGCUAAAGUUGGAUUUGGUCUGAGAUACCAUGCUAAAGUUGGAUUUGGUCUGGGAUACCAUGCUAAAGUUUGGAUUUGGUCAGGGAUACCAUGUGAAAGUUGGAUUUGGUCUGGGAUAUCAUACUAAAGUUUGGAUUUGGUCUGGCAUAUCAUGCUAAAAUUUGGAUUUGGUCUGGGAUAUCAUACUAAAGUUUGGAUUUGGUCUGGGAUAUCUGGUUAAAGCUUGGAUUUGGUCUGGGAUAUCUGGUUAAAGCUUGGAUUUGGUCUGGGAUAUGCUAAAGUUUGGAUUUGGUCUGGGAUAUCUGGUUAAAGCUUGGAUGUGGUCUGGGUUAUUUGGUGAAAACAAUUAGAUUAUUUUGUCUGGAAUAUUAAUUGGAUUAAGUGCUUAAAGCUUGGAUGAAGUCUGCAUAGGGUCUGGAAUAUUUGGUUUUAAGUUUAGAUUUGGUCAGAGGUAUCUGGGUAAAAUAUGUACUUGGUCUGGGAUAACAGGCUAAAUUUUGGGGUUUUCUCUGGGAAUUUGGUAAAAAAAAAAAAAAAAAUGGAAGGAUUUGGUCUAGAGUAUCUGGUUAAAACUCAGAUGUGGUAUGGGGUAUCUGAUUACUUACAGUUUGUAGUUUGUUCUUGUGCACGUUGGACCGUCAUUUUAGUUACACCAGUAAUAUACUACUGACAGACAUACAGACCAGCGUUUACAGCGUCCUUUAGCCAUAGUUCAGUUUCUCUCCAUUAUGAGGUUGAGCCAUAUAGCAAGAAUAUUAAACCUCAAAACUUUUUUUUUAUGUAAUUAUAUAUUUAUAUAUAUAUAUAUGUAUAUCUCCAAUAUAUUUCACAUAAUAUUAAUAAUAUUUCAUAAAGUACCAACAAAGCAGUAAAAUCAUCUCAUGAAAAGCUAUGCAUCAAAUACACAACGCUGUCUGAGAAGUUUCUCAUGAUGUAAUUUAUAGUGAUAUUGAUGGCAUGUUGUCAUGUCGCCCAACCCUGGAAUCAUCUUUUCUAGCAGCGCUAUUGCGCUCUCACAUAGUGUGGAAUCUGUGGAUAUCAAUGAGAUUUGUAUUUUACAGUAAUGUAUUGAUAAAAGGAAUAAUUACGCAUCCAAUUCAUUAAAAUAUUACUAAGAUUGACAUAAGGAUGUCAUAAACACAUCAUGGCAGAAAUGAGAUAACGUUAUAAAUGUGGUAAUUACUUGCUGCUGAAUAUAUGUGAGACGCUUUCCACCGAAAUAUUGCUUUAAAAAAUUAACACAAUUGUCAGACACAAUCUUAUAGUUCCAAGGUCUUCAGAUGCCAUGACUACUCAUCAGACUACCUUUACAGAUUUUAACCUUUGACACAAGAUAUGUAUUAAACUUAUCAUUAAGUACAUAACAUUUGUCAUAAAACAUAUGCUAACUAGAGUACACUUAGCAUAUGUCACAUUUGUAACAGUGUUUUGAUUGAGUUUUAUAAUGCAGAGUUCAGGUUGUGUGUGUGUGUGUGUGUGUGUGUGUUUUGUAUAAUUAACAACUGUACAGCUGAUUGUAAUCGAAAACAUAUAAGUUCAUUGUUAUGAUAAUAUUAUUAUUAUUAUUGUAAUGUGCCAAAUGUAUUUUGAAACUCCACUUUACUAAAGUCCACUCAGGGCAUUUGAAAGUUUUUUUUUAUUAUUUUUUUUAUUUUAAUUUUGCUUAACGCUGCUUUAAAACCUGGAUUCUUCUCCAGAAGUCCAUCCACUACAGAUCUUCCCAAUAAGUGAACUCUGUUACUUUAGGACACGUCUUCUGAGUUCCUGUUUUUAGGCCCCACUUUUUCUCCAGAUCCGAGACAAUUCUUUAAUGAAAACCUGAGCAAAAAGAGAUGAAGACGUGAAAUAAAGCAUGUCUGUAAACCCCGUGAUAUUUCCACUGUAGCGUCUUUGCCAACAACAAACUCUUGCCAAAGUCAUUUCCUGUUACUGAUAUUUGUGUGCAUUUGGUUUGCGAUGCGUUUGGAGCAUUACUGAUUCUGUCUAAUUUCACGGUUUGACAGUGUUUGUCUAAUGAAUAAUGAUUAUAUGGUGCGUGUGUGUGUGUGUGUGUAUGUGUAUUUGGUAUUAAAUCUGUAAUGAUAAUAAAGUUUGAUAAUUGAGUAUGCAUUCAUG